AUGGCGUUUCCGGCGUGUAUUCAGUGUGGAACGAGACAAAACCCGUGUCGGUGCAAAGUGAUCGGACCAACGGUCGGGUUCGUGGCUUUUCUGGUGACCGGAAUCAUCGAGUGGCCAGUUGGUNCGGUGGUUUAUAUCUUUAAACACGCCAAAGGUCGCCGUAUAAUGGGUCAUCCGGCUAGACACGUUUACCCUAGAGUCUCUAGAGCUAUUCCCAUUUGA